GGGGAAACCUAAGCUCCAGCGUCGCAUCCAUCAUCCAUUGGGUCGGGCUGCCUGUCUUUCUAUUUUCUGUCUGUCACCCUACCGCUGUGCAGGCGGCUUCCUGUCUGGAUUGGAUCCAGAACCACUUGCACUGGGCCGGAUUGGCGUUUUCCUGCGUCCUGCUCAACACCCUCUCCCGUCCUCCGUCAUCUCUCUCUCUGCGGAUUUGCCUCCCCUCCCACCCCGGCCCAUGAAGAAGCACCACGACGCCUCCUCUGUCUCUCUGUGCUAAGGAAAACCAACUAGCUAACCGCCGACGUCUCCCGUCUCUUUCCAUACUGCUGCUUCCGACUUUCUCCCUCUUUCACCCGACCGAAUCGAUAAAGUUCAUCUUGUUUGUUCUCUUGUCUUACCUUCCACGUACUUUGUGCUCGUCAGCUUGGCUCUCUAAACACUUAUUGUUACUUGUCUCCAGCCGCCCCGUCUACACCCGUUUCACUCACAGCCUGGUUCCCAACCCUCAUCCACAGAUAAAGGCUCCCUCCCGAACAGACCAGGACGACCUUGGGCAGCUCAAGGCCUGGACUGAGAAGCUUGCCUCGCUCGUACGGCCCCUUGAGUCUCUCGCUCGGAUUGAGAGUUGGUCGGUAGUAACCCACCACCCCUGCACACUUAUUGCGUCGCCGUUACCUCAACUCAAGGUAGCCAGGACCUUACCCUCCCGCCACAGCACCACUAAGCUUGGUUGCUGUUGCUCUCUCCAUUUCCCACCACCCUUCGAACGAUCCCCCUCGACGGAAUAUUUUACGUUUCUUCCACCCAACCAACCUUUUCUUCGAGAAACCACACCGCCUGCGUAAAUCGCCCAAGAUGCCUGCGCUCGUCGACGAAGAGACCGCCCCCGGGCGCCUUCUGCUGCUGUCCAACCGGCUGCCCAUUACCAUUAAGCGUUCCGAUGACGGCAGCUACACCUUCUCCAUGUCCUCUGGCGGUCUCGUCACCGGCCUCAGCGGCCUGUCAAAAACCACUAGCUUUCAAUGGUACGGCUGGCCGGGCCUCGAGGUUCCCGAGAACGAGAUCGCCGGCAUGAAGCAGCGUCUUAAGGACGAGUACGACGCCCACCCCGUCUUCAUUGACGACGAGCUUGCCGACAAGCACUACAACGGCUUCUCCAACUCCAUCCUCUGGCCUCUUUUCCACUACCACCCCGGCGAAAUCACAUUCGACGAGAGCGCAUGGGCUGCCUACCGUGAGGUCAAUCGCCUGUUCGCAAAGGCCGUUGUUCAGGAUGUUCAAGACGGCGACCUGAUCUGGGUUCAUGACUACCACCUAAUGCUGUUGCCCGAGAUGCUGCGCGAGGAAAUCGGCGACUCCAAAAAGAAUGUCAAGAUUGGUUUCUUCCUGCACACACCCUUCCCUUCCUCCGAGAUCUACCGUAUCCUGCCUGUCCGCGAGGCCCUCCUCACAGGCGUCCUCGACUGCGACCUCAUUGGUUUUCACACAUACGACUAUGCUCGCCACUUCCUGAGCAGUUGCUCUCGCAUCCUUGGAACACCCACCACCCCGAACGGAGUCGAUUACAACGGCAAAUUCGUUACUGUCGGCGCAUUCCCUAUCGGCAUCGAUCCUGAGAAGUUCGUCGAGGGUCUCAAGAAGCCCAAGGUGCAGGAGCGGAUUGAGGCCCUGAGUCGCAAGUUCAACGGUGUCAAGCUCAUCGUUGGUGUCGACCGUCUUGACUACAUCAAGGGCGUCCCGCAGAAGCUCCAUGCCUUGGAGGUUUUCCUGACUGAGCACCCCGAAUGGAUCGGUAAAAUUGUGUUAGUCCAGGUCGCCGUGCCUUCACGGCAGGACGUCGAGGAGUAUCAGAACCUGCGCGCCGUUGUCAACGAGCUUGUCGGCCGCAUCAAUGGCAAGUUCGGUACCAUCGAGUUCAUGCCCAUCCACUUCCUGCACCAAAGUGUGUCGUUCGACGAACUUACAGCCCUGUACGCCGUCUCCGACGUCUGUCUUGUUUCUUCCACUCGCGACGGUAUGAACCUGGUCUCGUAUGAGUACAUUGCGACCCAGCGCGAGCGCCACGGCGUCAUGAUUCUCUCUGAGUUCACUGGUGCCGCUCAAUCCCUUAACGGCUCCCUCAUCGUCAACCCCUGGAACACAGAGGAGCUGGCGAACGCCAUCCACGACGCCGUCACCAUGUCUCCCGAGCAGCGCGAGACCAACUACAAAAAACUCGAGCGCUACGUUUUCAAGUACACGUCCUCAUGGUGGGGCCAGUCCUUCGUCGCCGAGAUGACCCGCCUCUCCCAGGAGACGUCGCAGUCCAAGACACUCCGGAACAUCAGCGGAAACGUUGUCGGCCAGGUCAGCAAGGCGCUACACGGCGCCAUUGAGGGUGCUUCGAACCUGACUGGCAGCAAGGACAGUGCAGACGAGACGAAGCAAGAAGCAUAACGGUCCGUUGUGUAUUCGAGUCGCACUCCAUUUCUUUUCUCUUUACCUUCUUCGUUUUUUCAAACGUUUCUAUUCUCUUACCUUUCCUGUCGGAAGCCGUCGUCUCAGGCGGCUAAUUUGAUGAAAGCAUAAUUGAAAGAAAAGAAAGAAAAACAUACCCCCCCUCGUGAUUACACCUAACCUUCAAGCUACCACAUCUUAUCGGCUUAGAGCAUGGGGAAGUAAAGAAAACGAGGCAAAAUCAUAAUCAUUCGGAUACAAGGCAUUAAGCCCUAGGGCGGAGUUUCGCGGGAUAUCUUGGUUUUGUUUCUUUCUUUUUUUACAUUCUUGACAUAAGGGAGAGGGAAGAAGUUGAGGGAGGAAUCACGCAACGAGAGAGUUGUGUCGCACAUGAUGGCCAUCCUUGCUAUUCAGGUUUGGGUUUACGCCCAGCAUUAGACUAUCUACCCACUUGACGAAACGUGUAAUGCGACCGAUGACAG